UUCCCCAAAACUCCACCUCACGCGCUGGGGUUCGGGGUGGGGGACGUUGGUCCAACGCUUCGCAGCCUCUUUGGGUCCUGCUUUGGUUUCGGGGCGUCACUGGGUUUCGACUUCCUUCAAGAGCCGCGUGUCGAAAAUCCCCCUCCCUGCUCCUGACACCACAAUCACACCCCCCUUUGCCGCAGGCCCGUCUGGGAACCCCCAAAACACCUGCUAAGCCUGGUUCACUUCCCGCCUCGGCCUCCGGAUCCAAAUCCAAAGAUCUGGACCAAAGACCAAGCCAAAGAUCCCAAUCCGGGCAACUCCUGCCUUGAGAAAGACCCUCGGCCGCGAGGAUCCGCCCGUGCGUAGGACCCUCCGCUGCCCUUCACACGCGCGAACCCCGGAGAUCCCGGAUUGACUUUUUAAUGACGGGGUUUCCCGGCCGGUGGAGCAGCCGGAAAAGUUGUUCUCGGCGAGGGGACGUCCCCUUCUCUUCGAGGGGACCGGCGGCUCGGAAACGGCCUUCGAAGCCGCGCCGGGUUGCGAAGGCCACCGGCUUCAUCUCCGACCGGAUUUGGCCACCGAGUGGGGUUCUCGUUUGGUUAAUCGACCCCCCCCCCUGAUUCUCACGGAGAAAUCCCACCUCCCCAAAUGAUCCCGGACUCUCCGGCCUAGAAGCCCCGACGAAAACCCCUCCCGCCCGAUCCGAGGGCCGAAAUCCUACGAUCUGUUUCUCAAGUCCCUUUCCGAUCCCAACGCCACAUCUGCCCCCGCUCCCCCCCCCAAAAAACCCCCAGUCUCUCCCCACCGGCUGAAAAGUGACUCUCUAACCCGAAUCCACCUUGCCCUCCGCACAGGCGCACGGAGCAGCCGGCCGGGCAUUGGAGGAAUACGUCGAGGCCUGGCGACGGUUCUCCGUUUCGUCGCGGCGGCUCGGGAAAAGGACCCUGAUGUGUCUCGCUCGUGGGUUUUUUGGGUGGGUCGAGAAGCGACCGUGUCUCUGAUUAGUCGUGACAGGGCCGAGCGAACUGAGCUGCGAAAUAUUCCUGUCUUCAAGCCACCUCGCUGGCUGGCUCUGCUGUUGUACUGGGAGACUUUUAUACCUGGAUCCGGACUCCACAUCUUCCUUAAAGUCCAGACUCCAGAUCCCAGUGUCUGUCUGUGUGUGUGUGUGUGUGUGUGUGUGUGUGCCCCUGCCUCUCUCUUUCCUCCAGUAUUUCCCACUCACCACUUCUCCUCUGCUGCUCCUCCUCCUCUGCUCACUCCCAUUCUCUGUCCUCAUCUCUGGAGUUACUCAACGCCGAAGCUUCACACACACAAAAAGAGAGAGAGAGAGAGAAAAGAAGAAGAAGGAGGGGAAAAAAAAUCUCACCAAAGACAAGGACUCCAGGAGGGGCUUUCAAAUGAAUUCCUCCCCCCCCUCCUCCCUCCUUUCCUUGUGUUUUACAACACUGCUCAGGAGAUCACACCAGAAAGCCACACACAGGAGAAGGGGAGGUGAAUUUUCUCUCUGUGCCUAGAUGUAUUUUUCUCCCAGGCUGCAGAUGGCAUUAGGAUCUUGAAGGGAAAAAAAACAACACCACACAAAACAACCAACUUUCCAGCCCUGGCGUGAAAAAUCCAGGCAGGGAGGGGUGGAUAAAAUCCAUGCAACUUUUUCUAGCCUAGGGCUGGCAGAGAGGGGAGCACAGUGGGCGCCUCUUGAUUUGUGUGUGUGUGAAUCUCCAGGAAGAAAACACAGAGAAGAGGUGGGGGGAAAAAAAACCCCCAUCCCUUUUCCUUUGCAAUCAUGGCAUUGAGGACUUCAUUGCUUGCCCUCUGUAUGGGGUUCCUGGUUUCCUGGCUGGAACUGUGGAUUAUAUCAGCUGUUAGCCUGGAGCCAAUAUACUGGAACACAGCGAAUAAAAAGUUCCAGGCGGCGGGCGGCUACGUCCUGUACCCGCAGAUCGGCGACCGGCUGGACCUGAUCUGCCCGCGGUCCCGGCCCCCGGGCCCCUUCUCGGCGGAGGAGUACGAGUAUUAUAAGCUGCACCUGGUGCCGGGCGAUCAGGCCCGGGCGUGCGAGAUCCUGCAGGCCCCCAACCUGCUGCUGACGUGCGACCGGCCCGAGCACGACGUGCGAUUCACCAUCAAGUUCCAGGAGUUCAGCCCCAACCUGUGGGGCCACGAAUUCAAGAGCAACCAGGACUACUACAUCAUCACCACGUCGGACGGCACCAGGGAGGGGCUGGAGAACCUGAAGGGCGGCGCCUGCCUCUCGAAGGGGAUGAAAGUCGUCUUGAAAGUGGGGCAGCAUCCCGGCACGGGCUCCAAGUCCCAGAAAUCGAGGCCGGAGACGCCGCCCGAGAAGGAGCGCGGGACGCUGGGCGGGGCAGACGCUGGCAAGGAAAGCGGAGCGGGCACUGGGAACGCCACCGGCCCGGCCGGGGGCGCGAACGGGCCCCUGCCCCAGCCCAACGUGCCCGCGGUGGCCGGGGCGGCGGGGGGCGCCGCCUUCGUGGCCCUGCUGGCGGCGGGCGUGACGGGGGCCGUGUGCUGGCGCCGGCGCCGGGCCAAGCCGAGCGACACCCACCUGCCGCCCCUCUCGCUCGGCGGCCUGGCCAGCCCCAAGCGGGGCGGGGCCGGCGGGGCCGGGAACAACAACGGGUCGGAGCCCAGCGACAUCAUCGUCCCGCUCCGGACGUCGGACGGGGCCUUCUGCCCCCACUACGAGAAAGUGAGCGGGGACUACGGGCACCCCGUCUACAUCGUCCAGGAGAUGCCCCCCCAGAGCCCCGCCAACAUCUACUACAAGGUGUGAGCGGGGGGGGGAAGGGGGGCCCGGGCCCACCCCGGCGCCGGCUACGGACUCGUGCCUCUCCCCCCCCCGGAGACGGACGCCCCCUCCCGGCGCCGACGGGGUUCACGCGGAGCCAGGACGGCGACCCCCCCCCCGAGACGGACGCCCCCUCCCGGCGCCGACGGGGUUCACGCGGAGCCAGGACGGCGACCCCCCCCCCGGAGACGGACGCCCCCUCCCGGCGCCGACGGGGUUCACGGGGAGCCAGGACGGCGACCCCCCCCCCGGAGACGGACGCCCCCUCCCGGCGCCGACGGGGUUCACGCGGAGCCAGGACGGCGACCCCCCCCCCCGGAGACGGACGCCCCCUCCCGGCGCCGACGGGGUUCACGCGGAGCCAGGACGGCGACCCCCCCCUGAGACGGACGCCCCCUCCCGGCGCCGACGGGGUUCACGCGGAGCCAGGACGGCGACCCCCCCCAAAUACGGACAGCGCCCCCCCGGCGCUGACGGAGACGGACGCCCCCCGCUCCCGAUUCUUCCUCGUGCGAACGGCCCCCGGCACGGACAGCAUUAAAGCAGAGAUGGGGGGGGGGCUUGUACUCUGGCACUGAUGUGGGGGAGGGCUCAGAGCGGGUCCCUUCCCCAGACCCCCGCCCCCAGCUCCGCUCCUCCCAGGCCAGAUCCUGCCUCCCCCCCCCAGCUCCACCAGGGAUGGGGGUCUUUGGGGCCGGGGGGAGGCCAGGAGCAGCUGUGUUAUGUCUCGGGGUGGGGUGAGGGGAGAUCAGCCCUGUUCAGGAGAUUUCCCCCCCUCUCCUAAGCACUGGUGGGGGCAGUUUUACACGCCCACCCCCCCAGUCCCUGUUCACGUGGAGUGGGGGUGGGAUUCGAGGUUUGGUCAUUUCAACCAUUGGGACCUUUUCCGCGUCUCUGUUUUGAAAAUGUGACCACAAAAAUGGCCGCCAGCCGCACGCGCCCCCCCCCCUUUAUCAGAGGGACGUUUUCACCGGGGGGGGGCCAGGCAUGGAGGUAUGGGAGUGGGCUUGUCGUUUUUCACACCACCCCCCUGCCCCCUCCAUCGCCAUUCAGCAAGCCGCGAACUUUAAGCCACAGGAAGUGACAUUUCGCCCGCCGGGAAACGUGGCGGAGGAAGAGACACGGGCGAGGGCGGGACUUCCUCUUUUGGGACGGGGCCUUCCUGUUUCGGGCGGGCCUUCCUGUUUCGGGCCCGGAAAUGACUUCAAAGGGGGCGGGGUGGGGGGUGCGGAUCUUUGCAGGCUUUAACGACGUUUUUUGACCUGGGAAUUUCUUAGCGUUUGUUGGUGGAAUUUACUGUCCGAUCACGUGCAUUAUAGACGUUCUUGUGCAGCCGUCUGGACGCCGUUGGUUAUUUCCUACCCGUCUCUCCCCCGCCUCCUUUUCCCUCGUGAGUUCACGAGGGAGCCCCGGGGUGGGGGGUGUUACACUUGUGAU